AGGUGGGGGCUGCCUGGAGAGCUCAAAAGCAUUCCCCGCCCCCCUCCGGGAGGGCUGCGUAUCAGUGUGACAAGGGGGCCCCACGGGAGGGCGAUGUCUCCAGCUCCGUCCCAUUAUCCCAUACACGACCAGAUGCAUGAGCACGGCAAAGUCAUCAGCAGCACACGGCAGAGUUUGCAGUGAGCGGGCAGACGUUUGCAAAACAGACCGCGAGGACUUGCAUUUCUUCUCUCCCCCGCUCGUUUUUUAUUGCAGCCCAGGGCACGGUGUGAGCAGCCCACGGUCCCCGCCCUCCCGCGACCACAGCUCAUAGAGGCAAAAAUCCUGAUGGCCACAUAGCAAGCUGCCUCUUUGCUUUCCAGGGAUUCAUUUGGAGGAGAAAGUGCCUGGUAUAGUUUGGCACUGCACAACACCGGCUUUUCCUAAUGGCCUCGAAUGACGGAACUUUGUUAGGGAGGGAAAAAUAAUAAACCGCGAAGCCUGAAACUUAGCACGCAUAAGCUGCUUGGAUUGCGGGCUGCACCUUACACACACGCUUGAGGCGUUGAGCAGGACACCUGCGUGCCUUGUCCACCAGCGACGCCUGGCAGAGGGUGCACAGGGCUGUGUUAAUGAGUUCUAGAGUAGUCUGUCUGUACUGCAUCCAAUUAGUGUGAAUGCUGAGCAUCACCUAUGAAAAACUUUGAAUAUCCUGUAACAGGGAGCUGGGCUAGAGACAGGCUCUGAGAUUUAUUACCAUUUCUAAAUUUUAUGAGUUCUAUUGUUUCCUACACUUAUUACCAGCGUUAGCUAUAAUGAGAGUUCUAGGGGAAAAAGAGAGAGAGAGAGAGAGAGAGCUGAAAAGAAGAAACAGCCAGCCCCUCACCCAGCUCCCACCUGUUCUACCAGUAGUAAUUUAGCUUUUCUGUUCUGGCCUGUUUGGGAUGGAGCAAGGUAUCUUUUCUCUUGUGUGUGCAUGUAUUCCUAGAUGGCAAGGUACAGGAAAAAUCAGGGGUGUGUGUGUUAGUUUGACACUUUAGAAAAGUUUUGAACACUUAAAAUGUUUUUGUGUGAACUGGGCCACAAACGUAAUUUAUGAAACACCUUUCAAGUUUCCUUCUGAUCUUGUCACGGAUGCAAAUUUUAAGUAGCAUGUAUUUGUGGUUGUCAUGUAACAUCUGGGGCAUACCUUCAUAAUUGACAGUUUUUCUAAAGAAAAUGAGAAUGGCUAGAGAGAGGGGGACAGUAAUUAAUCUGCCCCCUCCGCCUUGUUUUUGUUGUGGUGGUUGUUUCUCCCUAAGUGUGAAAUACACGUGGCAGGAAGGAGACUGAUCCACCCCAGGGCAGCUCUGGAUUCUUCCCUUAAAGAUGUGCCUAUGGUGCCCUAGCGUCACUGGUCCCCCUGCCCCCGCCCCUCCCCGGAGAAGGCCCGAGAGCAGGGUGGGGUUGCUCAAGUAUCACUGCUACUUCCCAACGCCUGGUAGUGUGUUCCGUCACUUAGCAACUUUGGGAACUCACCAUGCGACUGGAUACACCAAUUGAAGUUUAUGUAUUCACCUUGUCACUUUGAUCGCCAAACCUUGGAGAAACUCAAUUCUAAAGGCUUAGGCUUUCCUAGGAGGCAUUCUUCUUGUUUUCCGAGGUCUUAGUUUCUGGUUCUGCACGUGCUUACAAAGGCAAAUGUUAUUUCCUCUAGCCACAGUCAGGUUAGAUGCAAACUGGUAGAACUGUCUGCUCUGAAUUUGAGAGGAGGUGAAAGGAGAAGGCUCGAGCGCACCAGUCCCUCUGCCCCGCCUCCAAGGACAGGUCCAGAUGGCAAGGGACACAACUGGUUAGCUACCUGGGUGGGGGUGGGGUGGGGGUAUACGCUCGGGCGCCCCAAGAGGAGCCAAAGCGCUUGUCCGCCCUGAGCGCGUCUGCCCCAGCCGGAAGCCACCUGUCAGGGAACAGAAAGGUAACUGCAGGUUCGCGGGGGGCCGAAGAGCCAGCGAUCAGCUGGACUAAAAUCGCAGGUUGGAUGUUCCCAAACUCCAGAGCAACCAGAACUUAAAGUUACCCCUGGGUCAGUAUCUUUACGGGGCAGGCGGUGGGGAGGGGGGGAAACACCUGGAGUGAGCGUUUCCCAGGGAACUUGAGUGAAUAGAAAAUGACAGUGCCUAGUGCACAGCAGUAAACUUAUUUUCCUCCCACAGCAAACAACGUCAGGGCAGGGGUAGUGUUGAAGGAGAAGGCGCAUUGAGGAGAGCGAGAGAGAGAGAAAGAAAGAGAGAGAAUGAGAGCUGUGCAGCCUUUGGAGGCCUCCAGAAUCUGUCUCCUGGCCAGGGGGCACUUGCUGAAAGUCCCAGAGCUUGAACCCGAGGGCGGACACUUGCGUACGACAUAGCCCAGCUGGGGUUACCCAGGAAGUCCGAGUGUUUAGAGCCCCCUCCCCCUUCCGAAGGUCAUUUGCACUCUUCAGCCUCGGAGGAGAGGACACUCUGGAAAGGAAGGCGCGGGUCAUUUUCGGAGACACUGUAAAGGACCGGCCGCCUACAGGGGGUGGAAAUCCUUAAUUACACCCUUCUGCCUUGAAAUCCAUCUUCCCGGCAGUGUCUUGCACUCCCACCUCUUCGGGUGACUCAGCUGACCUGAAAUGCCCACCCUAUGGAAGAUCAAGAAAAGUAGUUUUCGAAGAAGGUUAGAGGUUUGAUUACACUGAGAAGUGUUUCCACUUAGGUCCAAAGCAAUUACCCGCCCUCUCCCCCGCUCCUCCUCCGGGCCCCGACGGGAAGAAAAGGACGGACACCCCCCCUCGCCACCCGGCGCACGUACCCCCGCACUUUGUUGGUGCGUGUGAAUUUCACUGGGCGCCGUAAGUUCAUUAGUGUUUGUAAUCAGCGGCAGGCAGACCCCUAGUCCAGCCGAAAGCUGGCAAGAGCCAUUCAUCAGCGUGAAGUGUUAUUCAUGGAUGACCCCUAAAUCACGGCCAGGGUAGUAGAUGCCCUGAUUGGUCACAGCAUGGGAGCCUCGGUGCUUUCCCGAACCCUACGCGGCCGGGAGGAGGGAAGGAGGGAGGGGCGGCGAACGUGGUUCCGUCCGGCAAAUCCCAUUUGACAGAAAAAGGCAGUAAACGGGGAAUUUCUUCUUUUGAAUAAAGAAGAAAAAGAAAUAAAGUACCUGUCAUCUUGACAAGUGGCGGCGCGGAGGAGUCCGGGAUUAUAAAUGAUCACAGCCGAGUCCAGCUCGCCCCGUGAUUGGGCUCUCCCGCGAUCAGCACGGGGGAAGCGCAUGACAGGCCAAUGAGAACUGAACCCCGAGCCUAAUUUGUCACAGCCAGGACCGAUGUGCACGCGGAAGGAAUGAAGUAUGGAUGUGAAAGAACGUAGGCCUUACUGCUCCCUGACCAAGAGCAGGCGGGAGAAGGAACGGCGGUACACCAAUUCCUCCGCGGACAAUGAGGAGUGUAGGGUACCGACACAGAAGUCUUACAGCUCCAGCGAAACCCUGAAAGCUUUCGAUCACGAUUCCUCACGGCUGCUUUAUGGAAACCGAGUGAAGGAUUUGGUCCACAGAGAAGCGGAUGAGUACAGCCGACAAGGACAGAAUUUUACUCUAAGGCAGUUAGGCGUUUGUGAACCAGCAACUCGAAGAGGACUGGCAUUUUGUGCGGAAAUGGGGCUCCCCCACAGAGGUUACUCUAUCAGUGCAGGGUCAGACGCUGAUACCGAGAACGAAGCAGUGAUGUCCCCAGAGCAUGCCAUGCGACUGUGGGGCAGGGGGGUCAAGUCAGGCCGCAGCUCCUGCCUGUCAAGCCGGUCCAACUCAGCCCUCACCCUGACAGAUACAGAGCAUGAAAACAAGUCGGACAGUGAAACCGAGCAACCUGCAAACAACCAAGGCCAGUCCACCCUGCAGCCUUUGCCACCCUCCCAUAAGCAGCACCCUGCACAGCAGCAUCCAUCCAUCACUUCUCUGAAUAGAAACUCCCUGACCAAUAGAAGGAACCAGAGUCCGGCCCCGCCGGCUGCUUUGCCCGCCGAGCUGCAAACCACACCCGAGUCCGUCCAGCUGCAGGACAGCUGGGUCCUUGGCAGUAAUGUACCACUGGAAAGCAGGCAUUUCCUAUUCAAAACAGGAACAGGGACAACGCCACUGUUCAGUACUGCAACCCCAGGAUACACUAUGGCAUCUGGCUCUGUUUACUCACCGCCUACCCGGCCACUACCUAGAAACACCCUAUCAAGAAGUGCUUUUAAAUUCAAGAAGUCUUCAAAGUACUGUAGCUGGAAAUGUACCGCCCUGUGUGCUGUAGGGGUCUCAGUGCUGCUGGCAAUACUCCUGUCCUAUUUUAUAGCAAUGCAUCUCUUUGGCCUCAACUGGCAAUUACAGCAGACUGAAAAUGACACAUUUGAGAAUGGAAAAGUGAAUUCUGAUACUAUGCCAACCAACACUGUCUCAUUACCUUCUGGCGACAAUGGAAAAUUGGGUGGAUUUACACAAGAAAAUAACACCAUAGAUUCCGGAGAACUUGAUAUUGGCCGAAGAGCAAUUCAAGAGGUUCCUCCUGGGAUCUUCUGGAGAUCACAGCUCUUUAUUGAUCAGCCCCAGUUUCUUAAAUUCAAUAUCUCUCUUCAGAAAGAUGCAUUGAUUGGAGUAUAUGGCCGAAAAGGCUUACCGCCUUCUCACACUCAGUACGACUUUGUCGAGCUUCUGGAUGGCAGCAGGUUGAUUGCAAGAGAGCAGCGGAACCUACUUGAGUCCGAAAGAGCCGGACGACAGGCGAGGUCCGUCAGCCUCCACGAGGCCGGCUUUAUCCAGUACUUGGAUUCUGGAAUCUGGCAUCUGGCAUUUUAUAAUGAUGGGAAAAAUGCGGAGCAGGUGUCAUUCAAUACCAUUGUUAUAGAAUCUGUGGUGGAAUGCCCCCGGAAUUGCCAUGGAAAUGGAGAGUGUGUUUCUGGAACGUGCCAUUGUUUUCCAGGAUUUCUAGGCCCAGAUUGUUCAAGAGCAGCCUGUCCAGUGCUGUGUAGUGGCAACGGCCAGUACUCCAAGGGCCGCUGCCUCUGUUUCAGCGGCUGGAAGGGCACCGAGUGUGAUGUGCCGACUACCCAGUGUAUUGACCCGCAGUGCGGGGGUCGUGGGAUUUGUAUCAUGGGCUCUUGUGCUUGCAACUCUGGAUACAAAGGAGAAAACUGUGAAGAAGCUGACUGUCUGGACCCUGGAUGUUCCAAUCAUGGUGUGUGCAUCCAUGGGGAAUGUCACUGCAAUCCAGGAUGGGGUGGUAACAACUGUGAAAUACUCAAGACCAUGUGUCCAGACCAGUGCUCUGGGCAUGGGACAUAUCUUCAGGAAAGUGGCUCCUGUACUUGUGACCCUAAUUGGACUGGCCCAGAUUGCUCAAAUGAAAUCUGCCCUGUGGACUGCGGCCCCCACGGUGUUUGCAUGGGGGGCACUUGUCGCUGUGAAGAGGGCUGGACGGGUCCAUCGUGUAACCAGAGAGCCUGCCACCCGCGCUGUGCCGAGCAUGGGACCUGCAAGGAUGGCAAGUGUGAAUGCAGCCAGGGCUGGAACGGAGAGCACUGCACCAUCGCUCACUAUUUGGAUAAGAUAGUUAAAGCAGACAAGAUAGGAUAUAAAGAGGGUUGCCCCGGUCUGUGCAACAGCAACGGAAGAUGUACGCUGGACCAAAAUGGCUGGCACUGUGUUUGCCAGCCCGGAUGGAGAGGAGCGGGAUGCGAUGUAGCCAUGGAGACCCUCUGCACAGAUAGCAAGGACAACGAGGGAGAUGGACUCAUCGACUGUAUGGAUCCUGACUGCUGUCUACAGAGUUCCUGCCAAAAUCAGCCCUAUUGUCGUGGAUUGCCGGAUCCCCAGGAUAUCAUUAGCCAAAGCUUACAAUCCCCAUCUCAGCAAGCUGCCAAAUCCUUCUAUGACCGAAUCAGUUUUCUCAUAGGAUCUGAUAGCACCCAUGUCAUACCCGGAGAAAGUCCUUUCAAUAAGAGCCUUGCAUCCGUCAUCAGAGGCCAAGUACUAACUGCUGACGGAACUCCACUUAUUGGAGUGAAUGUCUCAUUUUUCCAUUACCCAGAAUACGGAUAUACUAUUACCCGCCAGGAUGGAAUGUUUGACUUGGUGGCAAAUGGUGGAGCUUCUCUGACUUUGGUAUUUGAGCGCUCCCCAUUCCUCACUCAGUAUCACACGGUGUGGAUUCCAUGGAAUGUCUUUUAUGUGAUGGAUACCCUCGUCAUGAAGAAAGAAGAGAAUGACAUUCCCAGCUGUGAUCUGAGCGGCUUUGUGAGGCCAAAUCCCAUCAUCGUGUCGUCACCUUUAUCCACCUUUUUUAGAUCUUCUCCUGAAGACAGUCCCAUCAUCCCCGAGACACAGGUACUCCACGAAGAAACCACAAUUCCAGGAACAGAUUUGAAACUUUCCUACCUGAGUUCCAGAGCUGCAGGAUAUAAGUCAGUACUCAAGAUUACCAUGACCCAGUCCGUUAUCCCAUUUAAUUUAAUGAAGGUUCAUCUUAUGGUAGCUGUAGUGGGAAGACUCUUUCAGAAGUGGUUUCCUGCCUCACCAAACUUGGCCUAUACUUUCAUAUGGGAUAAAACCGAUGCCUAUAAUCAAAAAGUCUAUGGUCUAUCUGAAGCUGUUGUGUCUGUUGGAUAUGAGUAUGAGUCGUGCUUGGACCUGACUCUGUGGGAGAAAAGAACUGCCAUUUUGCAAGGCUAUGAAUUAGAUGCUUCCAACAUGGGUGGCUGGACGUUAAAUAAACAUCACGUGUUGGAUGUUCAGAACGGGAUACUGUACAAGGGAAAUGGGGAGAAUCAGUUUAUCUCCCAGCAGCCCCCAGUCGUGAGUAGCAUCAUGGGCAAUGGACGAAGACGCAGCAUCUCAUGCCCAAGUUGCAAUGGUCAAGCUGAUGGGAAUAAGCUCUUGGCCCCAGUGGCACUAGCGUGUGGGAUCGAUGGCAGUCUGUAUGUAGGGGAUUUCAACUAUGUCCGGCGGAUUUUCCCUUCUGGAAACGUAACAAGUGUUCUGGAACUAAGAAAUAAAGAUUUUAGACAUAGCAGCAACCCAGCUCAUAGAUACUACCUUGCAACGGAUCCAGUCACGGGAGAUUUGUACGUUUCUGACACUAACACCCGCAGGAUUUAUCGGCCAAAGUCACUUACGGGUGCAAAAGACUUGACUAAAAAUGCUGAAGUGGUGGCAGGAACGGGUGAACAGUGCCUUCCUUUUGAUGAAGCCAGAUGUGGAGAUGGAGGGAAGGCUGUGGAAGCAACACUCAUGAGUCCCAAAGGAAUGGCGAUCGAUAAAAAUGGACUAAUCUACUUUGUUGAUGGAACCAUGAUCAGAAAAGUUGAUCAGAAUGGAAUCAUAUCAACUCUCCUGGGCUCUAAUGAUCUGACUUCAGCCAGACCUUUAACUUGUGACACCAGCAUGCACAUCAGCCAGGUACGUCUGGAAUGGCCCACUGACCUCGCCAUUAACCCUAUGGAUAACUCCAUUUAUGUCCUGGAUAAUAAUGUAGUUUUACAGAUCACUGAAAAUCGUCAAGUGCGCAUUGCUGCUGGGCGGCCCAUGCAUUGUCAGGUGCCAGGAGUGGAGUAUUCCGUGGGGAAGCACGCAGUGCAGACGACCCUGGAGUCGGCCACUGCCAUCGCUGUGUCCUACAGUGGGGUUCUGUACAUCACCGAAACCGACGAAAAGAAGAUCAACCGAAUAAGGCAGGUCACGACAGAUGGGGAGAUCUCCUUGGUUGCUGGGAUCCCUUCAGAGUGUGACUGCAAAAAUGAUGCCAACUGUGACUGCUAUCAGAGUGGGGAUGGUUAUGCCAAAGACGCCAAGCUGAGCGCUCCGUCCUCCCUCGCCGCCUCUCCGGAUGGGACCCUGUACAUCGCAGACCUGGGAAAUAUUCGGAUCCGGGCUGUGUCAAAGAACAAGCCUUUACUUAACUCGAUGAAUUUUUAUGAAGUCGCCUCUCCCACGGACCAAGAGCUCUAUAUCUUUGACAUCAAUGGCACUCACCAGUAUACUGUAAGUUUAGUCACCGGUGAUUACCUGUACAAUUUUAGCUAUAGCAAUGACAAUGAUAUUACUGCUGUGACCGACAGUAAUGGCAAUACCCUGAGGAUUAGACGAGACCCGAAUCGGAUGCCCGUUCGAGUGGUGUCUCCAGAUAACCAAGUGAUAUGGCUGACGAUAGGAACAAAUGGAUGUUUGAAGAGCAUGACCGCUCAAGGACUAGAGUUGGUUUUGUUUACUUACCAUGGCAACAGCGGCCUUUUAGCCACUAAAAGUGAUGAAACUGGAUGGACAACUUUUUUUGACUAUGACAGUGAGGGGCGUCUGACCAAUGUGACCUUUCCAACUGGCGUGGUCACAAACCUUCACGGAGACAUGGACAAGGCUAUCACGGUGGACAUUGAGUCCUCCAGCCGAGAAGAAGAUGUCAGCAUCACUUCCAACCUGUCUUCCAUUGACUCCUUCUACACCAUGGUCCAAGAUCAGUUAAGAAACAGCUACCAGAUUGGUUAUGAUGGCUCCCUUCGAAUAAUCUACGCCAGUGGUCUGGAUUCGCACUACCAAACAGAGCCGCACGUUCUGGCUGGCACCGCUAACCCGACAGUUGCCAAAAGAAAUAUGACUCUUCCUGGUGAAAACGGUCAGAAUUUGGUGGAAUGGAGAUUCCGAAAAGAGCAAGCCCAAGGCAAGGUCAACGUCUUUGGUCGGAAGCUCAGGGUUAAUGGCAGAAACCUCCUUUCAGUUGACUUUGAUCGAACAACAAAGACAGAAAAGAUCUAUGAUGACCACCGUAAAUUUCUGCUGAGGAUCGCUUACGACACGUCAGGGCAUCCAACCCUCUGGCUGCCCAGCAGCAAACUGAUGGCCGUCAAUGUCACCUACUCGUCCACGGGUCAAAUUGCCAGCAUCCAGCGAGGAACUACGAGCGAGAAAGUAGAUUAUGAUGGGCAGGGGAGAAUCGUUUCCAGGGUUUUUGCUGACGGUAAAACGUGGAGUUACACGUACUUGGAAAAGUCCAUGGUCCUUCUGCUCCAUAGCCAGCGGCAGUACAUCUUCGAAUAUGACAUGUGGGACCGGCUGUCUGCCAUCACCAUGCCCAGCGUGGCACGCCACACUAUGCAGACCAUCCGCUCCAUCGGCUACUACCGCAACAUAUACAACCCCCCGGAAAGCAACGCCUCCAUCAUCACGGACUACAACGAGGAAGGGCUGCUUCUGCAGACAGCUUUCCUGGGGACCAGCCGCAGGGUCUUGUUCAAGUACAGAAGGCAAACCAGGCUCUCAGAAAUUUUAUACGAUAGCACGAGGGUUAGUUUUACCUACGAUGAGACAGCGGGAGUCCUUAAAACAGUAAACCUCCAGAGUGAUGGCUUUAUUUGCACCAUUAGAUACAGGCAGAUUGGGCCCUUGAUUGACAGACAGAUCUUCCGCUUCAGUGAGGAUGGCAUGGUGAACGCGAGGUUCGACUACAGCUAUGACAACAGUUUUCGGGUGACCAGCAUGCAGGGUGUCAUCAACGAAACGCCACUGCCCAUUGACCUCUAUCAGUUUGAUGACAUUUCUGGAAAAGUCGAGCAGUUUGGGAAAUUUGGGGUUAUCUAUUAUGAUAUUAAUCAGAUCAUCUCCACAGCGGUGAUGACUUACACCAAGCACUUUGAUGCUCACGGCCGCAUCAAGGAAAUUCAGUAUGAGAUAUUCAGGUCACUCAUGUACUGGAUUACCAUUCAGUAUGAUAACAUGGGUCGGGUGACCAAGAGAGAGAUUAAGAUAGGGCCCUUCGCCAACACCACCAAGUAUGCUUAUGAGUACGAUGUUGACGGACAGCUCCAGACAGUUUAUCUAAAUGAGAAGAUCAUGUGGCGUUACAACUACGAUCUGAACGGCAACCUCCAUUUACUGAACCCCAGUAACAGUGCGCGCCUGACACCCCUUCGCUAUGACCUGCGGGACAGAAUCACUCGACUGGGUGACGUGCAGUAUCGGCUGGAUGAAGAUGGCUUCCUGCGUCAACGAGGCACCGAGAUCUUUGAGUACAGCUCCAAGGGGCUUCUGACCCGAGUUUACAGUAAAGGCAGCGGCUGGACGGUGAUCUAUCGUUACGAUGGCCUGGGAAGGCGUGUGUCGAGUAAGACCAGCCUAGGACAGCACCUGCAGUUUUUUUAUGCUGACCUGACGUAUCCCACCAGGAUCACACACGUCUACAACCAUUCCAGUUCAGAGAUCACCUCCCUCUACUAUGACCUCCAAGGACAUCUCUUUGCCAUGGAAAUCAGCAGCGGGGAUGAAUUCUACAUCGCCUCAGAUAACACCGGGACACCGCUGGCUGUUUUCAGUAGCAACGGGCUCAUGCUCAAACAGAUUCAGUACACUGCGUACGGUGAAAUCUAUUUCGACUCCAAUAUUGAUUUUCAGCUAGUAAUUGGCUUUCAUGGUGGCUUGUAUGACCCACUCACAAAAUUAAUCCACUUUGGAGAAAGGGAUUAUGACAUUUUGGCCGGACGGUGGACCACACCUGACAUAGAGAUCUGGAAAAGAAUUGGGAAGGACCCAGCUCCUUUUAACCUGUACAUGUUCAGGAAUAACAACCCUGCAAGCAAAAUCCAUGAUGUGAAAGACUACAUCACAGAUGUUAACAGCUGGCUGGUGACAUUUGGCUUCCACCUGCACAAUGCUAUCCCUGGCUUCCCUGUCCCCAAAUUCGACUUAACGGAGCCUUCCUACGAACUUGUGAAGAGUCAGCAGUGGGAUGACGUACCGCCCAUUUUCGGAGUCCAGCAGCAAGUGGCGAGGCAGGCCAAGGCCUUCCUGUCCCUGGGGAAGAUGGCCGAAGUGCAGGUGAGCAGACGCAGGGGCAGCGGAGCGCCGUCCUGGCUGUGGUUCGCCACAGUCAAGUCGCUGAUCGGCAAGGGCGUCAUGCUGGCCGUGAGCCAGGGCCGCGUGCAGACCAACGUGCUCAACAUCGCGAACGAGGACUGCAUCAAGGUGGCAGCCGUGCUCAACAACGCCUUCUACCUAGAGAACCUGCACUUCACCAUCGAAGGCAAGGACACGCACUACUUCAUCAAGACCAGCACGCCCGAGAGCGACCUGGGCACGCUGCGCUUGACAAGCGGCCGCAAGGCGCUGGAGAACGGCAUCAACGUGACCGUGUCGCAGUCCACCACCGUGGUCAACGGCAGGACUCGCAGGUUCGCCGACGUGGAGAUGCAGUUCGGCGCCCUGGCGCUGCACGUGCGCUAUGGCAUGACGCUGGACGAGGAGAAGGCGCGCAUCCUGGAGCAGGCGCGGCAGCGCGCGCUCGCGCGGGCCUGGGCGCGCGAACAACAGCGCGUGCGCGACGGCGAGGAGGGCGCGCGCCUCUGGACGGAGGGUGAGAAGCGGCAGCUCCUGAGCGCCGGCAAGGUGCAGGGCUACGAUGGGUACUACGUACUCUCGGUGGAGCAGUACCCGGAGCUGGCCGACAGCGCCAACAACAUCCAGUUCCUCCGCCAGAGCGAGAUCGGGAAGAGGUAACCCCCGGGCCGGCGGCAGGGACGCGCACGCGCGCGGCCACCCCCCGCGGGGGCCGGGCCGGCGGGGCGCCGCCUGCCUCUCCAGCCCCAGCCCCACCUCUGCUCAGAUCUGCCUGUAGCACAAUCCGAGGGGGACUCUCCGGCACCGAAGAGCCUUCCGGGAGUACCAGACUGCAAUUAAAAAACAACCCCCCCCCCCAAAAAAAAGAUGAGAAAUUUUCUUCUGAAUGACCUUAAAGGUGAUCGGCUUUAAAGAAUAUGUUUACAUAUGCAUAUCGCUGCACUCAGUCGGACUGAAAGUAUUACAAGGAAAACAGAUCAUUCAAGAAAGGAAAGAAGGCCCAAAUAUUGGCUCUGGGCCGGCUGUUCUUUGAGGCACUGUGUUUAACGAAGGUAGAAAUGCAUUCAGUGUUUCCAAAUAUUACCGAAUUUCGACCUUUGCUUACAAGAAGUAGUCUCUCUGCAUAGGAUGUGGUAUAUAUCUCUGUUAAUUUUAAAAUGUGGGGCAAAGUUACUGUUUCUAGACAACCCAAUUGUUUUCCCUGUGCUGCUUUGUAAAAGGACAUUGGCGCAAGUGACUUCUGCCACAGCGGGGAUUUCAUAACGGAUUUUACAAUGCUAACGUGGUUUGCCUUGGGGGGAAAAACUGGCAAAUAGAAUCCUUGUCACUGAUAAGCAAAGGAAACCCUGAUUUUUUUGUAAAUUAUGUGAGACAAGUUGUUUAUGGAUUUUUAUAUGAAUUACAAUUUACUGUACAUCAAAUAUUAGUCUCAGAGGAGUUAAUUUAUGUAAAGUGUUUAAAAAGUUUAUACUUAAAAAAUAAAACGAUAAAAACAUGUGAACUGUGUGAUUUUUUUAAAAGGAUUGCACCUUUUGUUAUCUGUUAUAGCUGUACAGUAUAAAUUAUUAUAUUGUAGAGAUAUAACGACUUAUGCCUAUAAUGUCCAGAAGUGUUAAUAUUUUUGUAUUAGGUUGAAAAAAUGUGCAACUUUCUAUCACUAGAUGGAUAGGACAGUGCAAUCCUACGUGGGUGGCUAAUCAGAGAACUUCUCCUUUCUCUUCCUUCUCUUUUUCAUCAGGCCAGUGUCCUCAACCAUUAUUAACUAAGAGGCACGGUAGAAAACUAAGGCUGGUGGAAUGUAACGGAAGAUAGGAAACAAAAACAAAACAAAAAAACCAAAAAAAGGGGGGGGAGGGGUGGUCAGGAGGCCUUCUCCGGCCUCUCUCGGCCCUAAAAGUCCACGGGGCGUGACUAUCUUUAACCCCAGGGUCUUACUGUUACCGUUCCUGGACUCUCCACUUCGCAAAGGAGGCAAGAGACCACAUCAGAAGCUCGGGAAUCCUGUGUGCACAGGAAGGGAUCUGAUGUAGUCACAACCAUAGACAUGUGUCUGCAGAUCUAGGAAAGCUAGCAGAAACCGAGCAGUGGUGAGGGAGCCAGAUGGGGAAGGUCAGGGUCACGGGUCUAGUCUUGAGUGUGGACCCUAGGGUCACCAAGAGGGACCAAAAACGAGAGAGACGAGAGCUCCCGUAAGCCCGCCCAACCCACUGGUCUAGGGAGCUGGUUUGAAUGGCAGCCUCUACUCUGUCUCGGGGAAGCCCGGGUUGGCAGAUCCAGCUGGAUGGGAACUGACCGCCGUGCCCUCCUGCACGUGUGCGCAUGCGCGCGCGGCCGAGCGGGAACACCGCCUGCACUUCUGAGCGGUUCGGUCGCUCUGGCACAUCUCUUUCGUGAGCACUAAAUUCAGCCACAAAAAUAUUUUUAGAAAAUCUUUCUCAGUUCAUUGAGCUAUAGUACACACUGUUUUCCUCUCUGUAUAAUGGUGAUAAAAUAUAGCAAGUGAACAUGUCGUAAAUAUAAAGGUUCAAGUGAUGUAUUGAAAAUAAUUUUCUAACUGCUUUGUAUGUAUCACAUACUCUAAAUUGCACAGUAGGCGUGUUUAUUAAACAGAUUGGCUGGGAAAGUUUCAAAAUAGCUACUGAAUUUACAGUAUCAGUGCUAUUACUGUCUUUGUGUAUUUGGUAGAGCAUACCGAAGUAAUUAAUCUUCUAAUGAAUGCUGAUAUUUUAUUAGAAUGAAAGCACAGAUUAGCAGUAAUAUUUUUUAUCCUGGAAAUCCUUUGGCGAGUAUUAUGAAGCCCAAAUUUAGAAAACUAUGAGAUUUCGAACCACAUAAACAUGUCUCUCUGUUUUACAUUUCAUUUUUUAACUGUUAACUUAGGUGUUUGCAGUUCUGUUGGAUGGCAUUUCUGCAGGGCUGUAUUUAGCAUGCUGUGAGUACUUUUGGUUGAAAUAGGCUCUUCGUCUAAAUUCUCAGAAAUGUUUCUGAUGUGUUGACCAUGAAAAGCUUGUUCCACAUGACAGAAGUGACAUCAUAAUCUUACCCUCUUCUUGACACGGACUGGUCCUUUACGCUGGCACCGAUAAAUAACAGAUUUGGAUUAUCUCCUGGUGCUUAUUUUAGAUGAAGUCAAAUCAACCCAAUUAGUGUCUUGUUAGUAGGUAUAAUGAGCCUAUUUCUUUCUAAAAAGACUUGUGAUCUGGACAUGCUUUUACAAGAAAUAGUGACCUUGGGGAGUAUGUAAACAAAAGACCUUUUUCUAACAGUUGGGGGGUGAGGGGUGGGGGGAGGAACUGUAUAAUGAAAAGAAUUAGCUUACAAAAAAAAAAGAAAAGAAAUCGAUAUUCAAAGUAUUUUAGGCAAAGCCAGUCAAAAUGCUUUCAUGAUAUUUUGAGAUGUAAAUUUUGUCUGAUUUGUAUUGUUCUUUUCAUUUGCCUUCUUAACUUUAUAUGUGACCUGAAUUUUCCAUAACUUGAUGACUAUAGAUUGCAUCUAGGCAUUCCAAUAAAAGCCAACCCAAUGUG